UCGGUAAAACCUACAGCCGUCCUCUCGAGUAAAUUAAUCCAUGUGAACAGAAUGAGCUUGAUGUGGAAAGUCAUUUAGCUCAGAAGGGGUCUUAUUUGGAAUACCUCACACAGCAAGCGAGUCUACAAAAUUCCAUCUGGAGAGAAUUUCAACUACAACAGGUAUACAAGCUUCUUCCUUCGCCAUUGAAUCCAGCUGGUCACUGAUACCAAAAGUUUGCAGGUUCCCCGCAGGGUGAUGUUGUAAGGCAGCGUGACUCUGGAAUCGAGAGAUGGGAUUUCUGACUGUGUUGUCCAGGAGGAGGUCACUGCUCCUCUGCCUGCUGAUCCAGCUUCUCCAGGUGGCCUCCUGGAGCUCAGCUUGGACUCAGGGGGCGGCGCGCCUGCGCCUCUCAUACCGAGAUCUGCAGACAUCCAACAGUUCCACUGUCAUCAUAGGUUCCAUAAACAGCUCCAGCUACCAGGCUCUCCUCUUGGAUGAGGACCGGGGGUGGCUUUUGGCUGGAGCUAAAAACCACAUCUUCCUAUUCCGCUCAGACAACCUGAAUGAAAGUCCAGACAAGAUUUAUUGGCCAGCUGCAAAAGAUCACGUUGAACACUGCAAACUGGCAGGGAAGAAUGCAGAGACAGAAUGUGCCAAUUUCAUUCGGCUCCUCCAGCACUUUAACAAGACCCAUGUGUACGCAUGUGGAACAGGGGCCUUUCACCCAGUCUGUACCUACAUCGACCUAGGCCACAGCUCAGAGGAGCCUACUUUUCUCCUCAUCCCUCACUUAGUGGAGUCAGGCCGGGGGAAAUGUCCGUACAGUCCCCUGGAGCCAUUCACUGCAGUGCUCACUGAUGAGAAGCUCUAUGCUGGAACGUCAGUGGACUUCAUGGGUACAAAUGCAGCCCUGUUCCGUACCGCCAUCCAGGGAAGCAGCCAACACUACAUUCGGACCGAAGCUAAUCAAGACCACUGGCUCAAUGACCCCAAGUUCAUUGGUUCCUACUCUAUCCCUGACACACACAGCCCUGAUGAUGAUAAGGUGUACUUCUUCUUCAAGGAGACAGCCGUGGAGUCCAACCAGUGGGACAAGCGUAUCUACACCAGAGUGGCCCGAGUCUGCAAGAAUGAUGCUGGUGGAAAGCGGAGCCUGAUUAACAGAUGGACCACGUUUCUGAAAGCCCGGCUGGUGUGCUCAGUCCCAGGACCUGAAGACAGGGACACGUACUUUGAUGAACUUGAGGACAUCUUCCUGCUUGAGACAAGAGAUGAACAAAACCCCCUUGUGUUUGGUGUGUUCUCUGCCUCCAGCGCUGUGUUCAAAGGCUCAGCUGUCUGUGUUUACUCCAUGGCCUCCAUCCGCGCUGCUUUCAAUGGGCCUUUCGCACACAAGGAGGGGCUGGACUACCGCUGGGUAGAGUAUAAAGGAAGGAUCCCAUACCCGAGACCGGGCACCUGUCCAAGCGAGACCUACGACCCCUUGCACAAGUCAACGCAGGACUUUCCAGACGAUGUCAUUAGCUUCAUGCGAGGGCAUCAGCUCAUGUGGGAGGUGGUCCACCCUCUCAACAGGAAGCCGGUCUUCGUGAGAACUGGCGCCCCUUACCUGCUCAAGAAGGUAGUGGUGGACAGAGUGGAGGCAGACGAUGGACAGUAUAACGUCCUGUAUCUGGCAACUGAUGAAGGCAAAGUGCUGAAGGUGAUCUCCAUCCCCAAAGAGAGCUGGCAGUCAGAGGCGAUAGUGCUGGAGGAGCUCAGCGUUUUUCAGAAACCGACCCCUAUCCUUAACAUGAAGCUUUCUACAAAACGGCAACAGCUGUAUGUGAGCAGCGUCUCCGGUGUGGCCCAGGUGUCUCUGCACCGCUGUGAUCUCUAUGGGAAAGCUUGUGCAGAUUGCUGCCUGGCCAGAGACCCCUACUGUGCCUGGGAUGGCAGCUCCUGCAGCAGGUACUUCCCAACCAACAAGAGACGUGCCCGGAGACAAGAUGUUAAGCAUGGUGACCCCAAGAGCCAGUGUCAUGACAUUGGAGAUGGCUUUGAUGAUGUUGAAGAGAAGGUGAUAUAUGGGGUGGAGACCAACUCCACCUACCUGGAAUGUGUCCCCAGGUCUCAGCAAACCAGCAUCAGGUGGACUGUGCAGCACCCCAGAGCAGACCACAGCCAAGAGUUAAAAAACGAUGAUCGGUUUGUGUAUAUGGAGCAUGGCAUUCUUAUUCACCAGCUGGAGACACGUGACGCUGGCAUUUACUCCUGCCUGGCUGAGGAGCUGUCCUUCUCCCACACCAUUGCCCGCUACAGCCUCCGCGUCAUUGAGCAUGAACAUAUCGGGGCUCCACCCAGCAGGGGUGGGGCUACGAGUAGAGUGGUGGGCGGGGUUAGACAAGGACCCAACCCCUUUGGACCAAGUCAUCUGCAUUACAAGGACUACAUGCAGCUGAGCAUCUCUGGAAUGAGUGCUGACGAGUACUGUGACCAAAUCUGGCACAGAACGAAGCGCAGGCAGAAAAUGCACAAUUUAAAGUGGAAACAGGCACUGGAGAACAGAAAGGGCAGAGUGCGCAGGCAUCCGAGGACUGAGUGAAAAGCCAGGGUUUUCGAAUGAAAUUUCCUCUUACACACAACUAGUUCAAUACUUGCAAUCCCUGCAGUCCCAGUGAAGCAGAGCUUUCCGUUUUUGUAGUCUGGAACUGUCUUCCCAAAGACAAUGAAAAGUCUGAAUUCAAAAGCAACCUAUUUAUUAGACCAGGCUUAUAUCCUUGCUUGGAAAGCUGUAUUACCAUGAAGAGGACAGCACCUUGAAAUGCUAGCCUGUGAAAGGUGCUUAAUGAAUGGGUAUUGUGCUCUAAAAAAAAGAACUUGCUAAAGCACUAAAUAAGGAGUUUGCUAAUCAUGGCCCAGGCUUCUAAGUUUAAUAGGAUAUCUGUCUAUAUUCCAGUUUAGGGAGAAUGCAUUUUUAAUGUCAUAUACACCUCUAUGGGAUGCAAUCCUCAACACUUUCCUGUUUUUAUUAGUCAUACCUAAAUAUAGAAAAGAGUAACACAAAAAAAGACAUAUUAUGAUGGCUUUGUCACAUAAGGAACUAAUUUUCAUUUCUUCAGAAUUGGAACAAGGCUGUGUUUUCAUGUGACUUAUAUAAAGUCUUAUCUGCCCCAUCAACAAUCAAGCAGUUCUGAAAACAAACAAAUGACCAAAGCACUGGUAGAAGCUGGUGGUAUUAUUAUUAUAAUUUUUUUUUUUACCUAGUCAUGUGACUGCACUGCUUGUUCAAGAAUUCUACCAGCUCACCAGCAGUUUCUGGAAUUUUCUUCACAGGUGUGACCUGAAGAUAAUAAAUCAAGUGGACCCAGAAUUUGUAAUGGAUGGAUUUUUUAAAAAAUUUUUAAUUACAGUGGGAAUAUACCAUACCAUGGCUUUAUUUUUACAUAUUUAGUUUGUGGAAAAGCGCAAUAAAAUCAAAAUCACAAUUAUUAGCAUGCUUCAACAAAUGGCCUGAGCACUUAAAUGUUUAAUGUGUAUCUACCAUAAACAAGAGAAUGGAAAGUGUGUCUGUCCCUUAUUUCAGUUUGGACUGGGUAAAAUAUUCUGCUCUGUCAUUUAGGCCUACAACAUAUUAUCUGUUUGUGAGCUAAGUUUAAAUGAAUAUUGUUUGAAAAUUGAAUUGGAUGUAAAAAUAAAGCUGUGUAAAUUAAACUAUUACCCUCAA